GAGAAACCGGUGGCUUUUCUGAUCAAUUUCGAUAACUACACGAUUACUCCCAUUUCGGGCGGUUUUGACUCAUAUUUUGCGGACGAAUGCGUCCGAUAUCUAAACGUAACGUUUCCGCCGAAGUAUACGCGAGAGUCGAGACAAUUGGUGGCCGUUAUGCUCGCGGAGGACAACGGCGAUAGUUCUCAACCUCCGAACGGAAGUAUCGCUAUAUUUAGACGCAUAGACCCGAACACCAAUACAUUCCUCGACAGCCAUUAUCUGAGCGAAGACUGUGAAGGCGUUAGAGCUCACUAUGAUUUAGGCAAUAAUCACGAUAUAGUAUCGCUUAUCAAAUACAAUAAAAUCUAUACGAAUGACUCGUGGAGAGUGUGGGGUUGUGGCCACUUCUGUACACUUAAAACACCGUUAUAUGAAAUCAUAAUCCAAACUACCAAGAUUGAUACUAUCAGUGCGAUCGUGAAAUAUGAGUUGUAUAGUGUAGACGAGGAUAUGACUCACGACCUGUUUCUGCGGUGCGACGAACGCCGGGCGCCGUUCACUCCGUUUGACUUUUGCGACCAAAAGUACGAUUUCGAUAAUAUAUUGAGUUUGGGAUCCGAUCUAUACUUUCAGCGAAGCACUAAUUAUGGAUUUACUGCCGACUCGUAUCCGACGGGUUCUCCACUCAAUGGGCAAAACAUUCAAAAUCUGGUUUUCGACUCACACUUCGGCCCAUUCCUCGAGACCGAAGGCUUUGACACGAGUCAACGGGUGUUUGGCUUCUCAUACAAAUCGAUCGAUCGGUUCCCGUGCGGGCACUUUACCGCUGACGCCGAUUACGACCAGUGUGUGGACAAGUAUACAAAGUCGCCGUACUUUCACAGCGUGUGUUUGUACGGCACGGCUGGUCGGAAGGGCACAGGCGUACCCGUGUUUGGCAAAGAGAACGGGUAUUACAAGUCAUACAUUCACACACCGGGAGGUCUGGAGCGGCCGAUCAUCAAAGAUGGUGACCGACACCGAGAGUUGUGCCGAGUCAUCUCCUGUUACGUGCGGUUCAAAGAGAAAUACAACGGCACCGGAUUCGGUGUCACACAUAUCACGGGCUAUCAGUCCGGGGGACGCAACCAGAUAUUGAUCGCCCAAACCUUAGCCGAAUUCAAGGGCGCGCCGAACACCCAUCUAAUGGACACAUUCUUUGCCGUGUAUUCAAUGAGUUUUGAGUAUUUCCAUAUCCAUUACCGCUAUUCAUUGGAUUAUCAAACAUUUGACCGGAUGCUAAACGCCACCCGCAAGUUGUACUACAUACCAGCCCACCAUGAUAACUUUACAAUGCACUCACUCUUCCGAUACAAACAUGUUUCCUACUGUUUGGUUGGCAACGGGCGGCCGCACACCCGAUAUCUAUACAAUGAGGACUUUCAACGCAAACCCCCGCCGGUAUGUCUGCCCCCAAAGUGUUGCCACAAAACUAACUACCGGGAGGGCCAGCUCUGCUUCGAGAAACCCACAUAUAAUAUACAUCAGAGUGUGUUCAACAUCGGUCCCGCACUAUACCAUCAAACGGGCCACACUCGACAUCGUGUGACCGGGCAUUCAAUCGAAUGGCCAACAGCUCUGGGUUUUUAUCAUGUGAUAAUUCACGGCAGGAGUAGUUACGCGUAUCUACCGUUAGGCGAAUACAUUUUCGGACUAUUUAUGUAUGUCUACAAAGACAAAGACACGAAGACAUUGAUGCCAGUCGUCAAACCCAGUGACUACUUGUCCGGUACAGCCGUCACCCGAUUGCUGUUCUCACUGGGCCCGCACCGGUACGAUGGCCUGUUUGACCAUCAGCUGGUAUUGUUCGCCUGGCAGUUGACACGGAUCGAGAUGUAUCAAAUCGUCACCACGUUCCCGGACAAGAAUGACCACAAUGUGACCAUGGUGGUCCAUCACGACCACGCACAGUGGGUCGAUGCAAAACAGGUAUUGUUCCCAUUCAUCGCUUCUAGUAUAUCGAAAGCAGCCAAUUGGUACUACCAGGACAUGUGCCCGUUUGCCAAAUUCAUUGGCGCUUACUUUGAUUACGACAACAUCACCAAACAAAGAGGCGCUUAUUUAGUGGCAACCGAUAACAAGAGCGAUACUCUCUAUCUGUUCAAUAUGUUAGAAUGGAAUCGCAAACCAUAUAUUGAAAUCGAUUCGAUGUAUAAUUUCAAGAAAACCUUGUGGUCAUACUUCACCACAUAUUGUCCAAUGAGAGGUCCAAACGAUUAUGAUUUUACCGGAAGUAUAUUUGCCUCAAAUGAAACAAAACCUUCAAAAACAUUGACUUAUAUUUUGGCAAUAGUUUUG